AGCCGAAGCCUGAGCUGGUGAGGGGGCCGAGGCUGUGGGGAGGUGGCGGUUGGACUUCGGAAUCUCAAGGACUCCGACUCCUGGCUUGUUCAGAGAAGGGCAGCCUGGGAGACCCGACUCCUGGACCCCUGGGCCCCGCCUCCUGGGGAGGUCUCCGCGCCCCGGAGCAGACGCGAGCGGCGCUCAGCCCUCCUAGGCCCCGCCCCCGGAGCGCCUGGUCCCGCCUACCCCGCAGGAGCCGGAGCGGCCAUGGGAACGCGUAGCCGCCCCGCCGAGGGGACCCCGCCGCCGCCGGUCCCGGAAUGCGACGUGGAGGUCCAGCCCCAGGGCUAUCCCGAGGAGUCCCGUGAACAGGAGGCCCCCAAGGUACUGGCGGAACCUUCGAGCCGCGGAGGAGCUGAGCAGCAGGCGGAGGAAGAAGUGGGAGAAGGCAGCAGCACUGAGAGCAGCCGCGAGGCGCCCGAGGCUAAGCCUCCGAGAGCAAUGGCGUCUACACCCCACUCAUCCACCUCUUCGGGGGAAGGGGUGCGAGGGGCGGCGCGGCGCCUGCGAGGACAGCAACUGGAGGCAUUGACUCGCGUGGCCCUAAUGGAGCAGCGAGUGAAGGAGCUACAGCGCCAGAGGAAGGAGCUGAGGAUCGAGAUGGAGGUGGAAGUGGCCUUGCUGCGGGGUGAGCUGGCUGGGGAGCGAGUGGCUGCUCGCCGGGAGGAGGAGCAGCUGCGAGAGCUGCUGGGGCAGCAGGCGGCCUCGGAGAAGCGCGGCCGCCAGCAGCGGGAACAGGAACAGAGGCGGCUGAGCCAGGAACGGAAUCGCCUAGAGGGUCUUCGCCAAAGACUCCGGGAGGCCCAGAGACAGCUCAACUCACAGCCAGAGGACCAGCGCGAGCGGCUUCUGCAGGGUGUGCAGGAGAUGAGGGAACAACUGGAUGUGGCCCAACGCGCCUAUGAGGACCUGGAGUUCCAGCAACUGGAGCGGGAGAGCCGGCAGGAGGAGGAGGAUCAGGACAGCCCUGGGCCCCAGGUGCCAGACCCCAAGGUCCAGGAACUUCAGGCCAGCAUGGCGCAGCACAGACGCCGGAUCCGGGUCCUGGAAGAGCAGCUCAAGUCACUGGGGGAGCAGAUGGCAGCCGAGAGUCGGGGGCUGAGCCGGAAAAAGGAGGAGGCCCUUCAGGCCCUGUCACAGGAACGGAGCCGGCUGCUCGAGCUCAAUUGCCUUCAGGGAACACCUGGCGGGGACUUCUCUGAGCCCAACCCAGCCCUCACUAAGCUGCUGUUCACCCAGAAGACAGACCACCAGCUGCUGGUGCUCCAGGACCCUGCGGCCCACUCUGCUGCCACCCCUACCUCUUCUUGCCUCUUCUCUGUCCACAGCUCCCUGCAGGGCUCCAUUGGCCUCCAGAGGACUGGGAGCCUGCCCCGGAAAAGGGGAGAGAGGGCGAGCCAGAGAGGAUCCCCCCGACCUCUGUCCUUCCAUUGUACUGAAUCCCUGGAGGCCUCAGCUCUCCCACCAGCAGUGGGGGACUCCGGCAGAUACCCCCUCUACCAGCUGCUGAACUGUGGCCGUGGGAAUAGCUGUGGGGCCGUCCACCCGGACAUUGCCCACAUGGAGCGGCUCCUGCAGCAGGCCAUGGCGGAGAGGGAGCGGCUGCUCAAGGCCCGGGAAGGAACAAGAAGGGGCACGGAAGGUUCCUCAGGCUCUGCUGUCCCUGCCAUCAUGGCCCCGCCCACCCCACCCCACCCUCCAGGCCCACGAAUCUUGGAUCUCCGGCAGCAUCUGGAGGGAUGGGGCCACAACCCAGAAAACUGCCCACAUGUGCAGGUGUCUGGGGGCUGCUGCCGCGGACCCCUGGUGAAGAUGGGUGGCCGCAUCAAGACCUGGAGGAAGCGAUGGUUCUGCUUUGACCGCCAAGCCCGCCGCUUGGCCUACUAUGCGGACAAGGAAGAGACCAAGCUCAAAGGUGUCAUCUACUUCCAGGCCAUUGAGGAAGUGUAUUACGACCACUUACGCUGUGCCUUCAAGAGCCCCAGCCCCCGCCUGACCUUCUGCGUGAAAACCUACGAACGCCUUUUCUACAUGGUGGCUCCGAGUGCCGAAGCCAUGCGCAUUUGGAUGGACGUCAUUGUGACAGCAGCUGACGAAAACCACGCCCCCUGAGUGGCACCGCCCACUUGGGGGGAAGUCCUUUCGAGGCUCCGCAGGCGCGAGGGCGUUCCUAGGCCCCGCCCACUGCCGGCAAGCUUGGGAGCACGCCUUUGGAACUCUCCCGGGAAUUCUGCAGGCCCCCACAGCUCGGCUGGCCUGAGCUGCUGCGUUCUGGGUUGCUGGUGCCUUGCCCCCGACGGGAUCGCCAGCCCCGACGGGAUCGCCAGCCCCUGAGGCCCUGCCCGGGGCAGGAGGAAGAUUGCAGGGGCAGGAAGAAACUAUUUAUUGGUGCUCCUGUGAUACCGAAUUAAAUACGGAGGAAAAACAGGAA